CGGCGUUCAAAGGGGUUCCCUCGCCGCAGGCUGCCAGGACAGGGUGUGGUGGAUUCAAGAGCAAGACAUUAUUUUUAAAGCAGUCCCAACGCCCAUAGACCGAAUUAAUUCCCCAAGAGUUAGAGCCUCUUUUCUUCCCUCGUUGUUCUCCUGUCGUGUUCUCUCGCCUCUCAAAAUGUUUCUGGCCAAAAAAUUGAUCGGUGGCCUUCUUGAUGUCGUCGGAAAUGUCGAUAUGAACCAGUUUCUCCCCUCGGACCCUCCACCCCCGCGCCGCCCCGUCCAGUACGCUGAGCAGCACGAGAGCGAGGAGGAGCGGCAGUUCAGGAAAGUGUUCCAGCAGCUUGCCGGAGACGUGAGUGACCUCGUGAGCCCAUCGGAGCUGAUGAAUAUUCUCAACAAAAUUGUUUGCAGACACGGUGACCUCAAAACGGACGGGUUCAGCAUGGAGUCCUGCCGAAGCAUGGUGGCAGUUAUGGAUAGCGACAGCACAGGCAAGCUGGGCUUUCAUGAGUUUAAAUACCUGUGGAACAGCAUCAAGAAAUGGCAGGGGGUGUAUAAGCAGUAUGAUGUCGAUCGUUCUGGUACAAUCGGAGCUUCAGAGUUACCGGGUGCCUUCCAAGCUGCAGGGUUCCCUCUGAAUGACCAGCUCUACCAAAUGAUUAUUCGUCGCUAUAGCGAUGAGGAAGGCAACAUGGACUUUGACAACUACAUCGGCUGCCUGGUUCGCCUGGAUGCCAUGUGCCGUGCCUUCCAAACCCUGGACAAAGAUAAGAAUGGAACAAUUAAAGUGGACAUUAAGGAGUGGCUGCAGUUGACUAUGUACUCCUAAAGAUCCCGCUGGGUGCCUGCAUGAAAAAGACCACACCUCUGCUGAGGACGCUCCUGUUCAGCUAACCCUUUCACACGAGGAAUGUGUCCCACUCUCUCUCAGCAUGAUGCCUUCUGCUUGUAGGACUCUCCUCCACCGGGCUAAUUCGUUUGUUGUUGGGAGGGAAUGUAGUUUUGUUCUUUGCCAAAAUUAUUAAUUUGUUUUUUUUUUUUUUUUUUUUUUUAAGGGGUUCUUUUUUGACAGAUAUAGUUUUGCUUGUGAGCAAACUUUUCUUUUUUUGUUUAUUUUUUUGCUUAAGCAGUACAUGCAAAUUCCACCAGGAGGCAGCCUUAAAUUUGAAAGGACACUUGAUUGAAACACCCAGCAUCAUUUGAUGUGAAAGACUUCAUUGGUCAGUAAAACUUUGCAGUCGAGCUUCGCCUUGCAACAUCGUUUUUGUCUGCAAACACAGCAGCGGCUACAUAUUGAAAACAAUAUAUACGUAUGUUUUGUUCUUUAGGGAAACCGACAUUUUAAAAUAUGACAAAGUAUUCUUUUUCUGUCUCCCUGUCUCGUUCAUCACCAAAGGAUGAAGUGCAGAAUGUGUGUACGUCGCUUUUGAAUCUUUGUGAUGUCUUGAUGAAUGGUGAUUCGUUUGUCUGUUACAAUGACUAUUGGAAGUGUAAUACAAUAUGUUUGUCACGCACGCAUGCUUAUAUGUAUCAAAUUACCCAUUGAAAAGACUUCUUUCAGUUUGUAUUGUAUUAUGCAAAAAUUAAAACCCCUUUUACAAUUA